UCAGCUUAGAUGGGACCAAAGCCUCAGCCUGACUCACACACUUCCAAAUCGACGGCACUACUCAGACCGACGUGCUCAAGUAAACACUGGCGGCUGUGGCCGACACAAGAGAGACUCUGUCUAGUGUGUCUUUUUCUUUAACGUUCUUCAAGAGCAGUCCUUGAGGUAGGCCCCAACUCAUCCAAGCCAAGAGGGGCCCAGGUGUGCUCUACCUUGCAACUUUUGAACCCUGGAACUCUACUGUAGAGCAGUAUGACUCUUCUAGGCUCUGAACACUCAAUACUGAUACGAAGCAAGUUCCGAUCAGUGCUACAGUUAAGACUUCAGCAGAGGAGGACACGAGAGCAGCUGGCAGACCAAGGCAUCAUGCCUCUAAAUCAUGGCAAGUUCCCCAAGCAAGAGGACUCGUACGCAUUUGAGGAGGACAGCAGCAGUGAGAGUUUGUCUCCAGAUCAGCACCACAGUGAUGACUCUCAGGGCUCUGCCUGUCCUUCAUCCGAGGUUGUCAGCAGCACAGCCUCCUCUUCCUCACCUGGGCUCACCAGCACACAACAGGAGGGCACAACCAGAGACCCACCUGACCAAAGCCAAGAUGAAGGACUGUCUGCAGCAGGCACCAACCAGGCUACUCCUCCAAUACCAGUUCCUGCUAUUGUCAAGUCCAAGACCGCAGACAAGAGCCGCCAUAAGAAGCCCAAAGAUGUGAAGCCAAAAGUGAAGAAGCUGAAAUACCACCAGUACAUUCCCCCUGACCAAAAGGCUGACAAGUCGCCGCCACCGAUGGACUCGGCCUAUGCUCGACUCCUCCAGCAGCAGCAGCUCUUCCUGCAGCUACAGAUCCUCAGCCAGCAGAAACACGCUCACACUCAUUCGCAGUCGCAGCAGCAGCACGCUGCCUUGAUGAUGCAGGACCAGGCUCAGCAGAGACAACCUGCCUUUACUUACCAGCCUCACCCGCAGGCACACCUGCACAAGGGGACGUGUGACCAGCUGCCAGCUUGUACCCCCAAUGGUCCAUCCAACCCAGGAGACAGCAACCCGUCCUCACCUGUCAAGACGCCAUAUCCCAGCCAAAACAACAUCUCUCCCGUCAAACCUGGGCCCCUGCCAGCCAAUCUCGAUGACCUUAAAGUAUCUGAGCUAAGGCAGCAUCUUCGUAUCCGUGGCUUGCCAGUCUCUGGCACCAAGACGGCUCUCAUCGAGCGACUCAGGCCCUUCAGGGAUUCCAACACUGGAUCCUCCCCUUCUGGGUCCUCCGAUAUCACCACAGUGACCUUCCCCGUCACUCCAAUGGGGUCACUGUCCUCUUACCAGUCUCCAUCCUCCUCCAGUACCCUGUCCCGGGGAGGCUAUUACCCUUAUCCCAGCAACUCCUCUACACCUCCAAUCUCACCAGCAUCCUCUGAGCUCUCUCUAAGCGGCUCACUCCCAGACAGCUUCAGCGAUGUCCCCAUGUCCUCUCCAUCACAGUUCGCUCCAAGGCAGUCAUCCCCUGGCCAACUCAGCAUGGAUGACGGGCUUGGCGGCUCGCGGUUAGGGGAGGGUGGAGGGAUGGAUGGCAUGGAGGCAGCGAAAGACAAAAUGCUGGUUGAAAAGCAGAAGGUGAUUGAAGAGCUGACAUGGAAGCUUCACCAGGAACAAAGACAGGUUGAAGAGUUGAAGAUGCAGCUUCACAAGAGGAAGCGCUGUUAUGGAGCCACUGCAGGCACCGUUACUACAUCUCACAAUCCCUCCAUGCACCAUCAGACCAUGAUGGGCCAGCAUUCCUUUGAGGUGAACGUCAAACAAGAACCAAUGUCACUCUCCUCGAGCUGCCCACUUUCCUCUCCCAAACAUAUCAAGAGCUCUUCGGGGAACUGCUUGGAGGACAUGAGACACUGCAGCACCGUGCUCCACAAUAUGGGGGGGCAUUGUGGACCCCAAUGUAUGGACUCGGACCCAUCCUCAGGCAGCCCGUCCACCUUGACUGCUUUCCUUAGUCCACAGGGCUCGCCGCAAGACUCUUCUAUCGGAAAAACAAUCGGAAGCCCCCAGCCUUCGUCUCCGAACAACCCCUACAUGCUGUCACCUCUUGUGGGGAGGGAAGGCUGCAAUCAGCCCAACUCCCACUGCAGUGCCAGAGCAUCCAGUUUGCAGGUACCUCACAAGAGUGCUCAGCCCAUCAACUGCUCUUAUCCUUCUGAACAAAGAGGCCUCCAAGGACUUUAUUACAACACAGCUGAUUAUGGGCUCAGUCAGAAUGGCUUAGUUAAACCUGGCAACCCAACUAUUCAACCAAAGCAGCUGACCAGAAGCCAGCAGAUGGAUGAACUUUUGGAUGUUCUCAUAGAAAGUGGAGGGUACCCCAGCCUGCUCCUUCCGAGGUUCCACCGCCACUACGAGCACCAGGCACCCACACCGCUUCAUUACGACCACCUGGAGACUUUGCUGGGUCCGAUGAGCAGGGGCGGGGAAGGCGCCGCUCUUAAAACGGCCACAGACGGCGGGCAGCAAGAAGAUGGCGGCAACAGAGACAGCCAAGAUUACAGCGGCCCUCAUGACUACCAAUGUCACUCUCACCAUCCCCAGCAGGACAAGGUUGGGACAAACAGAGAUCCGGUGGACACACCUCUCUCGCCCCUCAGCAAGGUGUCUGCUCUCCCUGAGGUGCAGGGGAUGGUCAGUAUGGCAUUCAGUGAGACGCCGUGGGAGACGAUGGAGUGGCUGGACCUCACUCAGCCCACUUCAAACCCGGCCUUGAAUGUUCCAACGCCAAGUAUGCCCAGCAUUUUCAACACAGAGUUCCUGGAUGUCAGCGAUAUUAACUUGAACUCCGCUAUGGACCUUCACCUGGAGCACUGGUGAAUGCAGAAACAAUGCAAUGUUGUUAACUAUCCAAAGCUUACACAUCAGCUUUUUACCUUUUCAACCCCAAACACCCCUGCAACCAGGCCCUGGCUGUAUUGCUGCAAUAUUAGUCAAAAUAACAAUAGUUAAUAGAAUAUUUUAAUCUCUUCUUAUUACGGGAUUUUUUCCCCCCUGAAACUACCCAGAAGGGGGAAGCACGGUGGCAGAGGGGUUGGUGCGUCUGCCUCACAAUACGAAGAUCCUGAGUAGUCCUGGGUUCAAUCCCGGGCUCGGGAUAUUUCUGUGUGGAGUUUGCAUGUUCUCCCCGUGACUGCGUAGGUUCCCUCCGAGUACUCCGGCUUCCUCCCACCUCCAAAGACAUGCACCUGGGGAUAGGUUGAUUGGCACUACACUUUGGUCCCUAGUGUGUGAAUGUGAGUGUGAAUGUUGUCUGUCUAUCUGUGUUGGCCCUGCGAUGAGGUGGCGACUGGUCCAGGGUGUACCCCGCCUUCCGCCCGAUUGUAGCUGAGAUAGGCACCAGCUCCCCCCGCGACCCCAAAGGGAAUAAGCAGUAGAAAAUGGAUGGAUGGACUACCCAGAAGCAGACGUGUUUAUCUAAGAACGUGUCUAAGUUCUACGUGUGAAUGGACUGAAACAGGUGUCAAUAAUUUAGGACAUAGUUUGAGUCCUAACAAUUCAAUUUUGAAUUAAAUAUUUUGAGCAAGUUUUCCCAAUGUUAAGAUUUGCAAUUUGAAAGAUGUGCAUGGAAACGUGCAUACACAGGUUAAUUUGCUUUUUGACACUAUCGAGUCUUUAAAGACCGUUUUGUCGUUGUCACUUCCCGAUUUAUUCAACUGCCCAAUUUGACUUUCUUUUUUUUAAACAACGGUUCACCAAAGUAUCUACUGAUAACCUAAAAUAAUCAAAAACCACACUUUAAAAAUUUAAAUUACUUUUAUCCAUCCACAUCUCUAAUUAUAAAAAUUUGAAGCUUCCCUUUUCUUCUUAGCUCUGAAUCCGGGUGACAUCAUUGGUGGUUACUUGCCAUAACUAAAUAAGCUUGCUUUUCAUGCUUACAAUUGAAGUAUUGUAUUUUUCGGACCAUAGGGCGCACCGGAUUAGAAGACGCACUGCCGAUAAGCGAGUCUAUUCAGAUGUAUUUUCUUGUGGUCUACAUAACAUGUAAUGGUAGUUCUUUGGUCAAAAUGUUGCAUAGAUUAUGUUUUACAUAGCGGCUACUUUGUCGUUCCAAAAAGGGUUCGAAAAAAUAAAAAUAAAGAUUGCAGAGUAGCCUUGAGGAGGAAGUUUAUGACGCACUAAAUUCCUAAUAAGCACUCGCGGAGAUACAUCCAGAUUCAAAAUGUUGAUCAUUUAUUUUCAAAAAACAAAAAAUAAUCACCGUGGUUGACUUUAUAUAUAAUACAAAUAAACUUAUUUAGUGGUAAACAAACAAUAUCACUCCUCACUCCUUCAAUAUGACAGACAGACAAAGGCAGCGCCCAGCUCUGCUGUCUUCCUAAUUAUAGGAGGAGGACGUUGCCCACCAGGAGGAGCGUGAGCAGCUGAAAACAUUCAGUCAAUAUAAUUUAUCUGAAAAAUCCAAUAAUCCAUCAAUAUCAUCAUUGGCAUGAUUCGAUUCCAUUGUCAAAACAAUUAUUGAAUAAAUAAUAUAAAUAGGCUCCAACAGACCAUCUUCAAGUUGUCUUUCUGACCGUCGCUUCAGGAUGCGCCGUUUUGCGGGCGGUCUUAUUUACUUGGCUCCACUUCGACAGCGUCUUCUCCCCGUCAUCUUUGUUGUAGCGGUAGUUUUUAGAGCUUUCAUAGAGGGUCCACUGACAGAUAUGAGUUAGAACUGUAUGGUACUUUAUAUUAAAAAAUGGCAACAUCAGAGUAUUAAUGCCCCACAAAAAGAAGAUAGAGGACAAAGAAGGAGCUUGUUGACAAUGGACUAUAGUGACAGACGCACGCUAUUUUUCAGGACUUAUGCGGAUCCCAAAUACACAUUAGCAGGAACCAAUAAGUAAGAAAAGUUGGAUAUGCAUACCAUGCAAACCAAAACGCCAGAUAGUAUGUCUCCUAAUAGGUCCAAUUUUGCAGUCCCUAUACACACACACCAUAAUACCCUUAUGUUGAAGCAGAGUACGUCUGACUAGGGAAACCGUAAUGCUCCGACAAUCCAUCAAUGGUGCGGUUUCGUAGCUUACCAAAGUUGUACUACAACAUUUUGACUGAUUUUUGAGCGCUGUGUGUAACGUUCUAUACAACAUUAAAGUUUUGGUUUCUCUUACUUGCCUUUACUUGCUAGCGUCAACCCAUGUAUCUCUUAUGUGUGACAUCCACCUACUGGUCACACUUAUCAUUACACCAUGUACCGAAUAAAAUUCGUUCAGGUCUUGUAAGCACAACCAGAAUUAAUACAUAGGUCGUUUUUUGGGAAAAUGAAAAGAUUUCAAGUGCGCCUUAUAAUCCGAAAAAUAUGGUACUCUGUUUUGUUUUGUUUUGUUUUUUCAUAUAAUUUCGCUUUCCAAACACUUUAAAUACACAUAUGUUGGUAUUUUUGUAAUAUUUUGUACACAAAUACAGUCGUAUUAUUUUGGGGGCCACAUUGCCAUAAAGCUAGACCAGGCCAAAUGAUGAAAAAGACAGGACCUAAAAUGGAAACUUGAGGAACACCACUAGUACAACUGAAGAAGUACAACAAAUGACUACUAACUGCAUCUGAAGUAAAACAAAUCACAGCAACAAUUUAAUUGCCUGAAUCACAUGACAAAACUUACAAAAAUUAACUGCCAAAAGAAGUGCCUCAGUCCUGUAAAUCACAAGUUCGGACUGUAGUGUUCUGUGUGUGGUAGCAAGGUUAAAAGGUCAAUGUAAGGAACUGCAAAUGUCUUUACAGUGGUCCAAGUUCUCUCGUGUUUUUAGGAAUUUGCUGCAAAAAAGGUUUGUUUCCAAGUUUUGAACGGAAAAGUCCCGCUUAGCAGCACAGCAGGAAUUUGCAACACAUGCACUGACAAUUGGGCAGUUCUAUAAAUCGGUUAGUGAGAGUCAGAAUGGUUCCUUGUUUCUUUAACAAAAGUCUACCAAUCAACCAGCCGAUUUAGUGUUGUCACACUUUAAUUGGCUGUUCAAUCCGUCAAUCAUCCACAGGAUUAGAUGUAAUCGGCCCAAUAUACGUACGUUAAUAUAGCCAGAGCCUGGUUAGUGGGAUACUUAGGGGCUAAAAGGUCAAUUUACAAAACAAACCACAUGAAUUCACUGAAGCUUUACCAAAAAACAGACAGAAAGGUACUCAAUGGAACACAGACUGACGCCAACACUACAACAAUCCUGAUUUGAAUCGCCACAACUUUAUCGUUAGCCAGCUUCUGUUUAUUUUCUGGUAUUUAUGAAAAAUGCUUCCUGCAUUCAAAACUACUUUUUUUGCUCGACAAUAAUCAUCAUCUUUUUACUUUAACGGAGAACUAUAAUUUUUGGGGAAGUUCACAAUCAUUAUGAAAGACAUAACGACGGAUGUAUUUUUUUUUAAUGUAUUCUAAAUAUUAAAUAAACAUACAAACCCUGUUUCCAUAUGAGUUGGGAAAUUGUGUUCGAUGUAAAUAUAAAAGGAAUACAAUGAGUUACAAAUCAUUUUCAACCCAUAUUCAGUUGAAUAUGCUACAAAGACAACAUAUUUGAUGUUCAAACUGAUAAACUUUAUUUUUUUUUUUUUUUGCAAAUAAUCAUUAACUUUAGAAUUUGAUUCCAGUAACACAUGACAAAGAAGUUGGGAAAGGUGGCAAUAAAUUCUGAUAAAGUUGAAAAAUGCUCAUCAAAAACUUAUUUGGAACAUCCUACAGGUGUGCAGGCUAAUUGGGAACAGGUGGAUGCUAUGAUUGGGUAUAAAAGCAGCUUCCAUGAAAUGCUAAGUAAUUCACAAACAAGGAUGGGGCGAGGGUCACCACUUUGUAAGCAAAUUGUCGAACAGCUAUUGCAAGGAAUUUAGGGAUUUUACCAUCCACGGUCCGUAAAAUCAUCAAAAGGUUCAGAGAAUCUGGACAAAUCACUGCACGUAAACGAUGAUAUUACAGACCUUUGAUCCCUCAAGCGGUACUGCAUCAAAAACCAACAUGAGUGUGUAAAGGAUAUCACCACAUGGGCUCAGGAGCACUUCAUAAAACCACUGACAGUAACUACAGUUGGUCGCUACAUCUGUAAGUGCAAGUUAAAACUCUACUAUGCAAAGCCAAACCCAUUCAUCAGCAGCACCCAGAAACGCCGCCCGCUUCGCUGGGCCUGAGCUCAUCUAAGAUGGACUGAUGCAAAGUGAAAAAGUGUCCUGUGGUCUGACGAGUCCACAUUUCCAAUUAUAUUUGGAAACUGUGGACGUGGAGUCCUCCGGAACAAAGAGGAAAAUAACCAUCCAGAUUGUUAUAGACGCAAAGUUCAAGAGCCAGCAUCUGUGAUGGUAUGGGGGUGUGUUAGUUAUUUAAAAAAAAGAGUGCGGGUACUUUCCUGGCCCGCCUGCAGUCCAGAACUGUCUCCCAUCGAAAACGUGUGGCGCAUUAUGAAGCGUAAAAAUACGACAGCGGAGACCCCAGACUGUUGAACGACUGAAGCUCGACAUAAAACAAGAAUGGGAAAGAAUUCCACUUUCAAAGCUUCAACAAUUAGUUUCCUCAGUUCCCAGUUUAUUGAGUGUUGUUAAAAAAAAAGGUGAUGUAACACAGUGAUGAACUCGCCCUUUCCCAACUACUUUGCAGCCAUGAAAUUCAAAGUUAACUAUUAUUUGCAAAAAUCAAAUAUCUUGUCUUUGUAGUGCAUUCAACUGAAUAUGGGUUGAAAAUGAUUUGCAAAUCAUUGUAUUCCGUUUACAUUUACAUCUAACACAAUUUCCCAACUCAUAAGGAAACAGGAUUUGUAAAUGAAAGCCAAUGGGAGCUCCAUUAUUUCGUCCAUAAAAUCCAAUAAAUAACCAUUCAAAAAGUGCCAACAAUACUCCAUUUACAUGUGUGACUUGAACAUUAACCAGGUUUUAGUGAUAUUGUUAUUAUAAGAGCUAACGCAGAUGAACUAUAUAUAGCAGCAACGUGAUCACUUCUGUGUGUCCCUAUGUUUACAUCAUACAGUGGUCUGCUGUUUCCUCGCUUCCCUACUUCCUGUAAGUUUAUUCUAGAUCAUAAAGCGUGCCUUUCACUUGAAAAGUAGAUGGCUGAGGAUAUAAUCUGACAAAUUGGGGCACUUUGACAGCCAUAUAAGACCUGGAACUGGGAAGAACCACACAAAGGGCGCUUGGUCCCUUUCCCAUUUCUUUGUGAGGAUUCUUCGUCAUUUUUCAUCUAAAUUGGAAUAUAGGAGCAUCUUAGCAUCCGGCAUUCUAAUGACAGAAGAUACUGUACAGUAAGUGAUGUUGUGUUAUGUUUGUUGGCUCUCAUAAAGUCUGCAGUGAGUCAGUCACAAAGAAAAAAAAAGCAAACAUGGUGCGUUUUUAAAAUGAAGUGUGCUUAAAAUGAUCACAAUAGGUAAAUAUUAAAUCUUAUUAUAAAUGUGCCUUUUACUACAUUACAUAUAUACUUACAUCCUGUAUAUUUAAACCCUAAUGGAGGUGUUUAGGUGUUUUUAGGGUCUCUAUAGGCAAAAUUUAACAGCUUUUGUUUGCCUUUAUUUAAUAUUUAGAAUGCAUUAAAAGAAAAUCUAUCCGUCGUCAUGUCUUUCAUAAAGAUUGUGAACAAUAAGCAAAAUUCCCCCAAAAAGUGUAGUUCCCCUUGAAGUGCAAUCUCUGAACUGUUAUUGGACAAAACACUCUUGGGCAAUACAGUACACACUUCCACCUGAAUAAAAUACACUGAAUAUUCUUCAGACAAUAAAACAUGUACAGUCGUACCUCAAUUUAUGAGCUCAAUAUGUUCUAUGACCAAGCUCGCAUCUCAAAUCAACAGAACUCAUUGAAAUGAAUUAAAAAUAAAUUUGCCUGGUGUUCUCUCCCCCCAAAACAGCACACUUUAACAUGAAAAACACACUUUUAAAAAAUGAAAUACUGUAUAUAAAAACAAUACAAUACAAUGUACUACAAACAACUAGUUUUAUGAGAGUUUGGUACGCCAAAGCUCUUCACUUUUGCCCGUAACAUAACAAUCAGCUGGUAAUUAUCUUAAGUGGAGGUACCGUUGUAUGCUUUGCAAUACCAUUUUUAUAAAAUGGUGACAAUCAUUUAAAAGUGUUGGAGUUGGUUUGCGUUGCUGGAAAAAACAAUUACAAAAUACAUUUGACUGCUUAAUGCUGUACAUAAGUCCAUUUUGGUUUGUUUCCUGACUAUAUAUAUCUGCACUGGGAUCAAACAAAAAGUUCAAGUUGUCAGUAUUGUGUGAAAACAGAAAUGGUGUAGAAGAUGACUUCAUCUUUGAAUGUCAGUACAAAACUCACCGUGCACCUCUUGCCUAACCGAUGCAGUAUUUGUCACAUGAUGCUUUUGGGUUGUAGAAUAUGUGCGUGAAAAUGGCUGGCAUUCUUUGGAGGGACCUUUUUUAGUGACUCUCUCUGAUAUUUUGGACAUUUAACCAUGGAGUGGCAUUAUUUAAAAUGUAUGAAAGAGUGGCCAUCUUUCAAUUGGCAGAAAUUGUAAACAACCUACUUUUUUUUCUUCUUUUUUUGUUAAUGCAUGUACCCCGCGACUCCAAGAGGGACAAGCGGUAGAAAAAAUGGAUGGAUGAAAUAUAUGCACGUACAAGAUUCUCCUUUCAACGUGCCUGUAUGUAGCUAUUUACACGCAUAAAUCAUACAAGCAUGGAUCAAAUCAUUAUUUCCCCCACGGUAAUGUCAUCUCUAUUUUUCUAACAAAUACUUUUUUUCCUAAAAAAAAUUGUCACCUUUUAUAUCUCCUAGCCAACUUCAAUUAUUUAUUUGGUGUAAUACUCUUUGUACUGUUUCAUGUAUUUUUACGACAUUCCUUUCUAGACUUGGAGAUUGGGGCUUCUUAUGGACCGAAAAGGAAACUCCAGUUCUACAAAUUGACCACAGACAUUUUUUGUCAGACAUUUGAAAAUAUCCUGCAAACUGAAAUACUGUAACCACUUUUGAAAUGAAACCUUAAACCCUUCUCCUUCCUGAAAUGUCCAGUACCAGCACUUGUGAAUAAUAAAUGUAA